AAAGAAACUGGCCAUUAUUGUAGGCGGAAGAAUUACCGUGAAAACCGCAGCCUACAUGUCAGGAUCAUAGUCAGAUAAUCACAUCAUCCGUGCCGACUGUCAAGAUCCCGGAUAACCCACUAUUUGUCUACCUCCGUGCGAGUUACCAUGCAAAGCCCAAUGUUUUCCUUGCAACUCGUACCAUUGUAUCGAGACUUAUUCCCGAUAAACUUAUAUGACGCCUGCCCCUACGGGUUAUUAUUCUAAUCACUGUUUUCCUAACCAUCUCUCCGUGGUUUCAUCCCAAACCCGCUGUGACGAUCGUGCACUCUCACCCGUGCUACUAACCCCAAGGGCACCAAGACCCUUCUUGGUUCUUGAUCCUAUAUCCACAAUGAGACGCGUUAAUAUCAUUCCAUUUGAACGUAAUGACAUCUUGUAUCUUCCUGUGCGCCGUACCGCGGACCAAUGGGAGAAUAUUUCGGACACAUUAAAAAGAACCUUUGUAUUUUUCUCUUUGAGUCUGUGCUGUGUGGCCUUGCUGUACGGUGGCAAGUAAAGUGACGCUAUUU